AUAUUCUGUUACUCUUAUGAGGUUAUUUCUGUCCACUGCAGCGAGGGUCAAGUUGACCGUGGUGUCAGAUUGGCCACUAAAACAAAUACGCUACUGCAGCUGUGUAAACAUGGACUUUCGAUGGACACGUAGGCACUUGCUGGUUGCAUAAACAACACAGCUUUAUAUAGUGGGCAUUGGGAGAUGUUUCUUAGAGUGCUUCGCAGAGGGUCUGCUGCAGUCACCCAGCUGACCUUUUUCGACCUCUCAGUUUUUUCUGCAGACAAACCUCCAGGUGAAUUCCGCCACCACCUCUCUCAUGAUUAUUCUGUGAUUGUACUAUUUCAUUAUGUGUAAUAAAUUCAUUUGUUAAUUUGAGCAUAAAAGUUUGAGUCCGUGUGAAAUCUCUGAUAAGGUCGGACCACCAAAAUACACGACAAAAUGGCGUCACGAACACAGGCCUGAGGAGCCAUUUCCAGAACCAACAUUUGUCCGGACUGGCCCGGACGCACGACCGUCGUCAUCAGUGAAGGUAAAUAGCGCUUAAAGCUUUUACGUGACGAUUCUCUGUGUUCGAGACAGUGUGAGCAAAUGUUGGUAAGAUUAGAGAAAUCUGAUCAUUAAAUUCUGAUUUGGCUGCUUUAAGCAAAUUAUCUGUGUGGGAGAGACAAAGAGAGGCGGUGGAGAAUUUACUUGUGCUUACUUAUACUGCUGUAAAUAGCUGCUUUGCAUAACCAACUGCUGUGUGUGUAUGUGCUAUCUUGCGCUUGGGGAAAAAUGACAUGGCCUAUUAGUUACGUAGGUUAACUUGAGGCAGGCGACGUUUGGGAAAUCUAAAGUAUGGGCGUUGUAGUCUGCAUUCGGAUAAAAUAAAUUUAAGGCUGUGUAAGUUCUGUGUCGACACUGGAAAAUUUGGUCCAGGUAUUGAGCGGGGUCACUGAACCAUACCUCAUUGAGCGGCUGUUAAAUUAAAGGGAAAGACGUAAGGUACCGGCGUCGGUAGACAGUGCGGCCUCGGUGCAACGGGUUGUGAAAUUCGGUAAAUUUGACCUGCUCGAUAGAAUCGAAAUUUAUUAGGCACUGUAGGCUUGUGUAAUGUAUUGGGAAUCUACAUUAGGCUUGGAACGGAUCAAUCCAAGUGUAGAGCUUCCCAAGGUUUGUGAGGCCUGGUAACAUAGGGAUAACCGGUAAAAGCGCUUUGAGUUGAUUGCGUAUUGAACUGCAGUGUGUCGACGUGUUAGUAUUGCGCAAGUAUAGUUAAGUUGGGGUGAGUGUAUGUUUUAGUAUAUGUUAAUGCAUUUAAGGAUAGUGUGAUAAGUGUUAAGUUGUUGUGGGGUUAAUAAUUAAUAGGUGUCGUGGUGAUAACAUUUUUUUGGAGUUUGUGUCUGUGAAGUUAAAAAACCUUGAGUGUGUGUUAAUAAUUGACAGUGUGCGUUCCCUUUCCGUCCUUUGAAGCAGAGAGAGAGUGUGUGACGGGGAGAUAAAGCCUCGCUGUUCAGUGUCUGUGUGUGUUUGUUUGUUUUUGAACAGUCUGGGGAGAGCUGUUGGGUGAGUGCUGUCUAGAUUAAACAUUUUUUGCAACAUUUUAACAUUUCAUUUUAACUAUCAUUCUAUCAUUUUUGGUAAUUUUAAUAUUUUUUGUGUGUCCAAUGUGGACAUUGCGGUAAUUUUUGUUGAUGUAAUUUGUGAAGGUUAGAAUAACGUUCCGCACUGUGGUUGGGACUGGUGGAGCAGAUCACAGAGAGUGUGCAGAUCGUGGCCGUUCUUCGAUUAAAAAGAAAAAGGGGGAAGCAGUGCUAACUGCUAAAUUGGUUGGGACUCCAAAUUGGGCCCGGAGACUAGCUUUGUUCCUCUUCGAGUGUUCACUUCUCCUAUCUGUGUGUAUGUGUCACAGCUGUUAAGAGCAUUAGGCUCGAGAGUGUGUGUGUUUCAGUAUACAGGGCUAUAGGCUCUGGGUGGGUGUGUGUGUGUGUGAAAGUGUGUGCAAGUGAGAGAAAAAGGUGACGUAUCACAUUAAUCAUUUUUGAGUUAUAGAGGGGUGUAGAGAUAAAGUUGCUGGAGAAUAAGGUAAAUGAAAAAUUAAGUAAAUAAAGAAUUAAUAGAAUAAAAUAAAGUAAAAAAAAAAAAUCACUUUCAUUCUCAUUUUCAUUCUCAUUAAAAUUCAUUUCUGGUUGUUUGCACAAUUUAUAGCAUACAUUUCACCAGUGCUUUUUCUCCAGAUAUAGGAAUAAUGGCCGCACUCAAAGACAUGUCUCCAGUUGCGAUCUUGGGGAGGAAACAUCCUCUCCUUUCUCAGGAGAUUGAGAAGUAUUCCAAGAAAUGGAAUAAGCGGACGGGUAAAGCUCAGUCACCCUGGCCAUCCGAUGGAACAUUCGAUCAUGAGCAAUGUGUGGAGAUGGAAGUGUUAAUAAAAAAUUACAAAAUAAAAGAUAAAUCUGCCAAGCGACUGUGUAAACGUGAGCGUGAGGUUGCAAUGCUAAAGUUAUUCACAGAUCAAGCCCAACUCCUGAGGGAGAAAACAGCUGAAUAUGUAAAAAAACAGAUUGAGCGGAGAAAAGAGGAGAGAAAAAAGGGAGAAUCCUUAAAAGCAGAGCCCCCAUCUUAUGCUGCACAGAUGCCGGUGCGGGAGAUCAGACUAUUAGGAGACUAUUCACUUAGGUCCGGUAAAUCAGGUAAAAGCAUCUAUCCCAUUGAGGAGUUAAAGAAGGUCAGGGAAAGAGAGAGAGAGCUAGAUGACAUAGAAGACUUACCUGCCACGUAUGCUAAAGCAGUUCAGCUUGCAGGGAAAGACACUCGUCGUAUUAGUGGCUUACAUGAUAAAGUAAUGCAUGACAUAAAACAAUCUGAGUGUGCAGAGGACGACAGCGAGGGCGAGGAGCAAGGCGAAGAAGAAGGAGCAACUGGGGAGAGUGAAAGAGUCCGAAGAUCCCUGGCAGAGGUACAGUACUCUAAAUUGCCAGAUCCAAGUAUGGUCUCUACCCCUCGCUAUCUGCAGGCUGGAGCUAAGCCCAAGCAGGCCAGGAUAAAGGAAAAGAUGCCCCGUCCUGAGGCCUUUGCCCCUGGCAGUGAAGUAGUAGAGGAGCAUGGACAGAUGGAAGGCGUCAUCACGCUCAGCUCCAAGGGACAUCCAGUGUCAGCAGAGGUAGUAGAGGAGGCGUCCGAAUACCCCCUGCUGGCAAAUCUGCAAUAUGUGCCCUGGCCAACCAUGGAUCUGGAAGGGCUGGUGCAGAGACUGCCAUGUCUGCUUGAUUGCGCCGGGAAAUGGGUAGCAGCCUUCGAAGAAGAAACCAUAGCCACCAUCCUGGCAGUGGGUGACCUCAAGGCCCUCCUUGGGAAGGUGCUGGGGAAGCAAGAGAUGGAGGAGACGCUGAGAUCGGCGCAGAUGAAUGCAUAUGCAGAAGCAGCAGGAUGAAGAGACGGUGAGAAAACUGACCCAGCAGCAGCUAACUGAAGGGAGGAAAAAGAUCCAAGCAGUGGUUCAGCCUGUGACUGCAGCUGGACAUGCACCUCCCCCCACCAUCACAGCUCCACCUGCUGUCCAGCCACAAGUUAUCUACGUCCAGUCAGGAGGCUGGAGAGGCGGCCCACCAAGGAUGAGAGGGGGAGCCGCGGUUGGGAGAGCACGGGUGAUGUGGGGUAAUCAAGAAAGUGAGGUAAGGUGCUUCCGCUGUGGCAGAGUUGGACACAUGAGACGUCAGUGUUACGGGUCGGUGCGCCAGAUCCCACAAGGAGCCCCACGGCAGAUGGGACCCACCAGUCCAUGGCAGGGUCCUCCUGCUGGAUACUAGGGGUGCCCUGAGAAUCAGGGGAAUCCGGGAGGGGAGUGUCAGUUGCCAUUAAAAUCUGUCUCGAGCCCUGAUGAAGAGCCUCUGGUGCCGGUUAAUGUAGCCGGUAAACCUAUGAACAUGAUGGCUGACUCCGGAGCUGCUUAUACGUGUGUAAGCAACGCUGAUGCUGACCACCUCCCAAGAUCUGGACAAUAUGUGCGGAUCGUUGGAUUCUCAGGGACAAAGCAGCUGAUUCCCCGAUCUGACCCGAUUCCUUUGCAGUUCCGAGGAAAAACAGUGGAACUGCCUGUAUUAAUUUCAGAUCAAACACCUGUGAACUUACUUGGACGAGACGCUUUAUGUAAACUAGGCUGUGCCAUUUUGUGUACACCAGAUGGAGUGAUUGUCGACACAGCACAGUGUCAAAUGACUGUGAAAAAAGACGAAGAAAUGGUGUACUGGCUUGGAGACAUCGAUGAGACAUUCAUGGACGCAGCUGAAAAAUGGAUGGACUUUAUUAAAGCUAACAUGCCAGAAGCGUCCCGCCCUGCGUGUCCUCCUCAUUGCACACUUCAGUAUUUUAAAACAGAAUCUGAGGCCCAACCAGCUGAGUGGAUAGAACAACAGCCAAAGAAAAUCCCCAUCCAGUCUGCUUCUAUUGUCCUGGGAAGACAGGGAGCAGCUAUGACGGUAGAAAAAGGCAAGUAUUUAGACCAGGAAUUCAAAUUAACAAACAAACAAACAAUCAAUCACAACCAAAAGGUAACGCUUACCUUGUACCGGCCGUACCAUGUCUACAAAAUCUAGGGUGAGAUGUUAAAAAGGGCCAUCAGGAAUUGGCAGGUGUCCCGCUGGGGGUACCAUACCCCGCGUGAUGUUACAUUUAAGACACGUUUCACACCGACUUAUGGUCUCAUCAACAUACUGAUAAAGCUUGGGAGCCCAAAAGUUCCACUUCUUGAUUCGUCUCACAACCUCACCUCUGGACUCAUGGCUCAAACCGUGUGCUUCAUUUAUCAGCAAUGACAACAGUCCACUCGGGGCUAUUAACAGUCCCUCGUGGUUCCUCCAUAAGCCGUCAUCACCUUGAACGGCUCCUCUCUCGACCCAGAGCUGCCUCUCAGCCUCUGGUACCUCUUUCUGCAACAAAGACAAAUCUUUGGAGGUUAUUUGAUCUUCAUCAUAUGCAGCAUGAACUGCUAAAAUAGCCGUAGCUUCAGCAUUCGCUGCAGGCUAUGCGCUCAUACUUGUCGUGUAUUUUGGUGGUCCGACCUUAUCAGAGAUUUCACACGGACUCAAACUUUUAUGCUCAAAUUAACAAAUGAAUUUAUUACACAUAAUGAAAUAGUACAAUCACAGAAUAAUCAUGAGAGAGGUGGUGGCCGAAUUCACCUGGAGGUUCGUCUGCAGAACAAACUGAGAGGUCGAAAAAGGUCAGCUGGGUGACUGCAGCAGACCCUCUGCGAAGCACUCUAAGAAACAUCUCCCCAUGCCCAC